AUGUCAUCAAGCGCCACCUCCAGCCCGGCUGCAUCUAAACAAUAUCCUUCGUCCGUUCAGUCCAAUUACUCCCAGUCUCCUGCCGUUAAUACCAUCGACUCCUCGUCAAAACGCAGUAAUAGCUCGACUGGUGGCAUUUCAACUUCCUCGACGCGUCCUAUUCCACUUCCCCGUGGAGGUCAGUCACUCAGAAAGAAUCACAAACAAAAGAGCAAACCUCGUCUAGUCGACGAAGACGCCAUGGCCGAGGUCUCUGCCAUGAGGUCCAUCAAUAGCCGGAAGGGUCAGACUUCCAUCACCCAUCUCAUGAACUUUACUUUGCCACCCCGCCCUCAGCACCAUUACCAACACCACUUCAACAACCGCAAUCAAAGGCGAAAUCCCGUCUGGGGCCUUGGCUCAGGCUAUCACGCUGUCGACAAAGCUCGCUAUGUUCAUGCCAACUAUCGUUUCAUAGUCCGGCCCGAUCGAGAAUACCAUGCUCAGACCACCGACGCAGAUGUCUACGUGAGCUGGGAUGCAGUCCUUCAGGUCCUGGCUUCCGCCGAUACCCAGGCUGCCAGUUGUCCCAUCUGUCUGUCUACUCCUGUUGCUCCACGCAUGGCAAAGUGCGGCCACAUCUUUUGUUUACCAUGCUUGAUCCGGUACAUGCAUUCCACCGAUGAUUCCACCCCCGUCAAUGAAAAGCGUGCCCGGUGGAAAAAGUGCCCCAUAUGUGAAGAUAGCAUUUAUAUUUCUGAGGUCAGACCUGUCAGGUGGUUCACUGGCCAGGAUGCCAGUGAACUGCGAGAAGGAGGUGAUGUCCUGCUCAAACUUCUCAAGCGUGAGCCAGCGACCACCCUGGCACUCCCUCGCGACGCUGCAGAUAGCUAUGGCUGUCAUGAGGACAUUCCUUGGUUUCAUGUGGCUGAGAUCAUGGAGUACGCUCGGUUCAUGAAGGGAGGAGAAGAUUAUAUGACUACUCAGUACGACCUAGAGAUCAGCACCCUGGAAACUCAAGAGAAGGACGAUGAGAUCAUGUAUGGAGACGAUAAUACCUGGACCCGCAAAGCCGUCUCUUCCAUUAGCGAGGCCAAAGAAAAACUCUCUGGCUUAGGCAACCCUCCAGGAUCCGCACUUCCGGACACCAACCCUUUGGAGAUCGAUAUCCCAGAUUCAUGGGAUGAUGAGGUCCGGAACGGACAGUCUGCGUUGACCAGUGCGAUUCAGGCACUAGCUGUCGAGCAACCUGCGACUGCGAUCAAUUCAGUGCAUACUACAAGACCCCGAGCGGGAUCCGGUCGUCCAUCAGGUUCCCCCUUUUAUUUCUACCAUGCCCUACCGAAUUUCUUCCUGUCUCCUUUGGACAUUCGCAUACUCAAAACGGCUUUUGGCAACUUUGCCGCUUUCCCUUCUACAAUCCUGCCACGGGUUGAGCACAUUUCAACCGGGCAUAUAGUGGACGAUGACUUACGCAAAAGAGCCAAAUACAUGGCCCAUCUACCAUUUGGAUGUGAGGUGACCUUUCUCGAGUGCGACUGGACGGACAUCAUUAGUCCAACCAUUUUGGGCCAGUUUCAUGAUGAUAUUGCUCGCAGGAGGAAACGCAACCAGGACAAAGAAAAUCGCGAAGAGAGAGACAGGAUUAGAGCAGAGAAAGAAGAGGAAGACAAACGAUACGCCGCAUCACGGCGCAGGAGACCCAGUUCAGUGCCGAAGAGCUUCAGUGAGGCUGAUUUCCGACCAUUGGUGGAUGCCAAUACCCAUCCAAAUUCAUCCCCUGGCGAGUCUGCACUUGGAAGUACUCCACCAUGGGGCAAUACCCGAGCGCACUCGUCGUUUGCUACCUUGGCAACACCUGGCACCAGUCCGGAGGCCCCGAGGACUGUCUGGGGUACUGCUGCCAUAGGAUCCAAUUCUCCAACCCUCGUGGAUGCCCCUUUGCCAAUUGCACGUGACGAUGGAUGGCUGCAAGGCUGGGAGAAGGACUUACUCGAUGAAAAUAGUGCAAUCGCCAUGGUCGAAGCAAGCUUGAAAGGUGAGAGCAGCACUUCUGCCCGUAUAAGCCAUGGCUCUGCCAAGAAGGGUAAGAAGAAGAAGAUCACUCUGAUGUCGACAAACAACCGCCGCGGAGCAUGA